AUGAGUUCCACGACCGCCUCCAAAGCCAAGUCUUGCUAUAGCUGCCGCCGCCGCAAAGUCAAAUGCGACGGUGGUCGGCCAAUUUGUGGCCACUGCCUCAAGACGCCGUCGGGACACGAUGAUUGUCAGUACCCCGAUGACGGUCCGUCCCAGGCGGAUAUGCUCGAGGCACAAGUUGCUGUGCUUGAAGACCGCCUCGCCAAGCUGCAAGGCCCCGGAGAGCCGGUAACUCUGCACAAUCCCCACCACCGUAGCGCGCAACACGCUACCUCAACCCGUGAAGCGAGAGCUGCGACUAUUAUAAGCGAGCCCCCGCCUCAGACAGCGCGCGUACUGCUAAACGCAUUCGUGCCUUACUCAAACCAGCUUGGGUUCUUCAUGGACAGACAACGCUUCUUAGCGCGGAUCUCGAACCCCAUGGGGCACCCUGAUAGACCGACGGCGUCCCUGCUUCACGCGAUCCAUCUAUGGGGCGCAAGGUUCAGCCGCGGUGGUGUGGACGGGUACGAGGAGCGACAUUUCCUUGCGGCGGCUCUCCACCACCUUCCGAAGGACCUAGCAAACAAGCGCGCCCUGCUCGACAUCAUUCAGGCGGAGGUUCUCAUCUCCUUCUAUUUUCUCGACAUCGGAAAGUCUGUGGAUGGGCCUUAUCACAGCAACAGUGCCGUCUCGCUCUGUCUUGGGGCGCGCCUCAAUCUCGUGCACUCCCCGGACGUCAAUGCGGCUUCGGCUGUCGAUCCCGGAACGGACGCGGAGCGCAUUCGCGCAUUCUGGACCUGCCUCGUCCUUGACAACUAUUGGUCAAUUGCCCAUGGCUCCCCGUCGGCUCUUGAGAGCAUCAAGGUCGACACGCCCUGGCCGGAGGAGGCUUUCAUGGUGUUGUCGAGCAAAUCUCCUUGCCGAGAUACCGUCACUUCUUGGCUGAGAGGCUCGAGCCCCGGCGGGACGUCCGUUCUGUCUUUGAACGCCAAGGCGACCAUCCUAAUGCAGAGGAGCUCCGCGGUGAUUACCCGUAACCGCAUUGAACCGAAUUCGCGCCCCUCUAAUCCUACGGUCGCCGCAGAGCUACAGACCCUGGAUCAUGCUCUGCAAGCAACGAAGGCUCAGCUCCUGCAGAUCGACCGAAGCCGCCGCGAUGCGCUAUUCAUCGUGACCGAUGCGCUAAUCUGUGCUGGUCACGCGCGCCUUCACGCGCCCUGGAUCAAGUCGGCGAAGGUGUCGAGCAUGAAGUGCGCCGCUGCUGUCGACAGUGUUGCGAAGGCAGCUCACAAUUUCCGGCCGCACGAUGGCGCCUGGAUCUCUCCUAUCAUGGCGACACUUUGGCCCCUGAUAGCCGAACUAUCUCUCAAGUUCCCUGAGGCUACUCCGGAUGGGCCGUUCACUGAUCGAAGCGGCGCGAAGGCCAUACUGAACGCCAUGGCAGCCCAUGCUUCCAAGGAGGGCGCAAUGCUGGUCAACUACAAGCGCCUGAAGGCCUCACUCCCCGCGUAG